AUGACAAGUUUUUCAGGCUUUCAAAGAAAAAGUAAAUAUGCGUUUGACAUCGACAAGUACCUGGAGUUAGCAGCUAAGGCGGUAGAAGACAAUGUUAAGCAGGUCUAAUCCCCUGUUACUGUGGUUGGGGAUGUUCACGGAUAAUUUUACGAUUUGAUUGAACUGUUCAGAGUAGGAGGUGAAAUUCCAAAUACUAAUUAUUUAUUCCUAGGUGACUAUGUCGAUAGAGGUGCUUUUAGUGUGGAGACUAUAACUUAUCUUAUGCUUUUGAAACUUAGAUUUCCAUUGAGGAUUACACUAUUGCGCGGAAAUCAUGAAACUAGAUAGAUUACUUAAGUGUAUGGAUUUUACACUGAAUGUAUUCGCAAGUAUGGCAACCCAACUGUAUGGCAAUUAUUCACUGAUUUGUUUGAUUACCUUCCAAUCGGUGCAAUAAUCGAUGAUAGGAUAUUCUGUGUCCACGCUGGACUAUCUCCUACAAUCCAGCAUAUAGGAGACAUUAAGGACAUCAAGAGAUUCUAGGAAAUUCCACAUGAAGGCCCUUUCGCAGAUUUAAUGUGGUCUGAUCCUGAUACUGACAAUAGUGGAUUCACUUUAUCUGCCAGAGGAGCUGGCUAUAUGUUUGGUUAAGAUGUAGUCAACAGAUUUUUGCAUGAAAAUAACAUGAGCUAGAUUUAUAGAGCGCAUUAGUUGUGUAUGGAAGGAUAUUAGACUUUGUUUGAUGGUAAAUUUUGCACAGUUUGGAGUGCACCGAACUACUGCUAUAGGUUCGAGAACCUGGCAAGCAUACUUGAACUUGAUGAAAAGUUAAACAUGUACUUUAACAUUUAUUCUGAUGCGCCUGAGAAUGAGAGAGCGAAAGAAAUCGAGAAUAGCUAAUUCGGAGGAAGAAAUGAUGAUAACUUUUUCAUUUGA